CAUCCUAUUAAAGGGCUCUGUCAGUGGGCUGUGCAACUUGCAGCACCAACUCAAAACAAGGCUUUCAACUGCUGGAACUGCAUUAGGAGCUAUCCGUGCUGAAUUUGGGUCCUGAAUCCUGCCAACAUGAUUGCCACCACACAGCAGAACAUGACUACGGAGCUGCAGGAUCUUGGUAGCUCAGGAGGACCUCCUCGAAAUUGGAAGGGAAUCGGUAUCGCCAUGGUGGUCAUCCUGGGGGUCAUGUCUCUUGUGACUCUUUCCAUUUUUCUCCUCACACCCGAUGAGUCCCAUCUCCUACGGUUGUCUCGUCUCACUCUGGAGAACCUGGAGAGCGAGGAUUUCCAAAUUCACAACCCCUGUGCCACAUGGCUAAGUGAGCAUGAAGUGUCACUGUGCACCCAGGAAGGUCAUGUUUUAAUUCACAAUCUCAGCACCAAUCUCACAACCACGCUAUUGGACAACAGCACCCUGGAUCUAAAGUCAAUGAAGUUCCAGGUUUCUGCUGACAAGAGGUUCAUCUUGAUGGCGUAUAAUAUCCAGCAUGUAUUCUCACAGUCCUUCACAGCAUCCUUUGCAAUCUACAUAGUGUCCAGCGGGGAUAUUGUGGACCUCACUCCGUCAGAGGAGGAUACAUCUGUGCUUCAGUAUGCAGCGUGGGGACCUCAAGGGAACCAGCUGGUCUAUGUGUUUGAGAAUGACAUCUACUACAAACCCGAUGUGUCCAGCAAGGCGAUGCGUCUGACAGCCUCGGGCAGGAAGGGAAUGGUGGUUAAUGGGCUUUCUGAUUGGACAUACGAAGAGGAGAUAUUGCUGAAAUAUCCUGCGUUCUGGUGGGCCAAAGAUGGCGCGCGCCUGGCAUAUCUGUCCAUCAAUAACUCAGCAACUCCUUUUAUGGAAAUACAUCACUUCCUGGGUGGGAGCUACCCUUCUAAUGUCCUCUACCCAUAUCCAAAGGCGGGAUCCAGAAUCCCAUCAGCCAGUCUGUUUGUGGUGAAUUUAUACGGUCCAGCGCACACAUUAGAGAUGUUUCCUCCAGACUCCCAGAACAGCAGGGACAGCUACAUCUCUAUGGUGAGCUGGAUCAGCAGCACCCGCCUGACAGUGCGCUGGUUGAACCGUGUCCAGAAUCAGUCGGUUCUGUGCGUAUGCGAGGCCACGACUGGAGCCUGUUCAGAGAGACACCAAAUGGCGAUGGACUUCUGGCACAACAACCAGCGGCAGGAGGAGCCGCUGUUCACGGCAGAUGGUUCCCUGUUUUACCUCAUCCUGCCUGCCAAGCAAGGGGCCCGUGGGGAGUUUCUCCACAUCGCCAGCCUCCCCGCUCAGGCUUCCUCUCCUUCAGUUUCUCCUCGCUUUCUAACAUCAGGGAACUGGGAUGUAAUCUCACUGUGCGCCCUUGAUGAGGAGAACGAUAAAAUCUAUUUUCUGAGCGCGGAGGAGUCGCAGCAGAGCAGACACUUAUACAGCGUGGAGCUUGGGGGAGUAUUUCAUCGGCAGUGUCUGACGUGUAACCUGUUUGAGCGCUGCAGCUUCUUCAGAGCAGACUUCAGCCCCAAUCAGACAUACUUCACUCUCUAUUGCUUGGGCCCUGGUGUCCCAAAGGUGACCAUUCACAGCACGAGUGACCCUUUCAGAUACACUGUGGUGGAAGACAACAGCGUCCUCGCCAUGUCUCUCGAAACCAAGCAGCUCCCUGAGACCCUUUACCACACACUUUCCUCCGACAACAGCGACCUAGAUGUGAAGAUGUCCCUGCCCCCUGGAUAUGAAGGAAACCUGCAUCCUCUCCUCAUUAUCAUUGACAGUAUUCCAGGCAGGCCGUCAGUAACGGAGGAGUUUGCCCUGGGCUGGCCGGAGGUUUUGUCCAGUAUGCAUGGAGUGGCUCUUGCUUGGAUCGAUAGCAGAAGCAGAAUCUCACAGACACAAAAAAGCAGCACGCUAGACCCUCGCAAGCUGGGUUCACUCCGCAUUAAAGACAAGCUCGGAGUCGUGGAGUGGUUAAUGAAGCUGCCGUACAUCGACGCCAAAAGAAUUGCAGUGUAUGGAAAGGGAUUCGGUGGCUAUUUAGGUUUGAAGAUGCUGACGGGAACCGAUCAGAUGUUCAGAUGCGCUGCUGUUAUGGCUCCCAUCACAGACUUCAAGCUCUAUAGUGCAGCCUUUUCUGAGCGAUUUCUAGGCCUUCCAGCUAAAGAGGAGCAUUCAUACAUGACUGCAUCUUUGUUGGACGACAUCCACAAGCUCAAAGACGAAAACUUCCUCCUCAUACACGGGACCGCAGAUGCGCGAGUGCAUUUCCAACACAGCGCUGAGCUGUUGAGUCGUCUGGUGAAGGUAGAGGCCAACUACACCCUUCAGCUCUACCCAGACGAAGGCCACACUCUGAGGGAAGAGCGGAGCCAGCAGCACCUGCACCGCACCAUCCUCCACUACCUUCACAACUGCCUCAAAUACGACCCCUUCCUCAACAUAGAGGAGGAAGAGGAGGACGAGGAGGAGGAAGAGUGAUCUCCUCCAGUGUCUGAGCUCUCUCGGUCCUCAAUGCUGCCCAGCACUGGUGUCAAACUUCAGGUUGCAUUGUUUCACCAAAGGGAGAAAAAAAGGAGCGGAAUAAUAGCGAUAAAAAGGACCAAAGUCACCAGCUGAUUCCACAAACUCGGUUUUGGAAUUUUUCUUUUUUUAUUUAUUUAGUUUGUUUGUUUGUUGAUGUUCAGACUGGAAUGGUUAAUGUCGUUUGAGUGGAGGAUUAAACCCAACUGCUCUGGUUCAUACAGUUUAGUAAAUCACACACA